UUCUAUUUUUUUUUUUUUUUUUUUUUUUUUCUUCUCUCUCCCUUCUUUUCCCUCCUCCUCCCCGGCCCUGCUCGCUUCCUUCCCCCGCGCCGCGCUCCGGGGAGGAGGCAGGAAGGGAGGCGGCGGGGAUGGAGCAGCUCCCCGCCGGGAUGCGUUAGCUUCCAGGGACACCCCGGCCCGCUUGGUCCUCGCCGGGACGCGGUAAAGCUGAUACUCCCAAGCAUCUCUCUGCAAUGGCCUCAGGGAACGACGGUGACCCACCGAGGGCCCACAGACGCCGGGGAAGCAACAGGCGCAGGCUGUCACAAGAGCUCAACUCAGAAGACCAGGUGGUGGAGGAGACGGAGGAGGUGUUUCGGAGCUAUGCCUUCUACCGCUACCAACAGGAGAGAGAGGAGAGAGGGGAGGAGGUGCCCAUGGACCCAGAGAUUGUGGAGAUCCAGCAGGAGCUGGGCAGCACCGGGAGCCUGGUAGGAAGGCGCCUGGCCAUCAUCGGUGACGACAUUAAUAAGCGGUACGAUGCGGAGUUUCGCUACAUGCUGAAAUCCUUGCAGCCCACCAAGGAGAACGUCUAUGAGCACUUCACCAGAAUAGCCUCCAGCUUGUUCGAGAGCGGCAUUAACUGGGGCCGGGUGAUUGCGCUGCUGGGUUUCGGCUACCGCAUGGCCAUCCACGUCUACCAGCACGGCACAAGGGGUUUCCUCUACUGGAUCACCCGCUACGUCUCGGAGUUCAUGCUCCGCAACCGCAUCGCCCAGUGGAUCGCCCAGCAGGGAGGAUGGGUGGCUGCACUCGAGCUGGACAAUGUUUACAUGAAGUACAUGCUGGUGGUGGUGGCCCUGGUCAUGGUGGGGCAUUUAGUGGUACGACGCUUCUUCAGGCCCUAACUGACGUGGGGGCAGAGGCUGGGGGGGUCCGGCCAAGCUCUCUCUCAAAUCUCUGCUCUGCGUUGACGUCUCCCAAGAGAGGGGGGAAUUCGAGGAACCUCCAAGAGAGAGAGCAGCUUGGACCUGUGACCCUCCCGCCACGGGGCCCAGGGUCUCUGCCAUCUAUGCAGACACCACCAGGAGCUAUGGGGAGAAGAACUGGGGGAAAGGUUCAACUUUGUUGCCUGUUUUGUGCCUCACUUAACUGCUGAGGACACUGUGAUGGUCCUGGCACACAGCAGUGAGGCAGAACAGGCUCCUCUGGAGUCAAGAGUCUGAGGGAACAAAUGUGUUGUGAUAAUGCCAGCGAGUGUGUGUGUGUGCGAGUGCGUGGGUCUUGUCCGCUCCGUGGGGCAGGUGCAGAGCUCCCUAUUUGCUAACGGCUCUAGCCCAGACCAUCACCACAUUUGAAGAGGGAUUGCAGCCUUGGUUGCUGCAAUUGUUGUCUGUAAGUCACUGGAGGGGCAAGCCAGCAUUGGCCCAUGCGGGGCUUGCUUUCACCUUCCCUCUGAUCCUGAGCCCAAGUUCUUGAGCGUUCUCUUUCCUUUUAACAAGCAUCCCUAUCCCUUUUCAAAGAAACACACGGACUACCUGUCCUCUGACAGUCGAUGGAAACAUCUGGCAGCACCGGCAGGCAGGUUUUUCCCUGCCGCAGCCCGAACCUGGAGACCUGCAGCUCUCCCGUGGCUGAUGCAGGUGCUGGGGUGCAGCCUCACCGCCCCCCGUGAGCUCCAAGGCUGCGUAGCAGCAGACCUAGGAAGCACCGGCAGGUUUCCAAACACUAAAAAGCUGUGGGGUUACUAAUGGUCAGUGUAGGCAGCCUGCCUGGCUGCCUGCCCUCCCUCCAGUUCUGCUGGGGGCUUCCAUUCAGUAGACUUGGAUGCUGGCAAACAAGCAGCCCAAGUGAGACCAGUUGGUCUCCCUUGCUCUCAGUGGAAGGCACUGGAGUUGCAUCCCAUCCCUGCAUCAGCUCUUUGGUUUCGGAGCUCAACUGGGCAGGAUGGUGCAGGCAUGCCCCGGUUAAGCCCAGGGCUGCAGUGUUUUAUAACUGCCCAGAGAGCAGGACCCAGCGUCUUUGGGAAGUGACUUCAGCUUGUUCUGUUCAUGACUAAUGCUUGAGCAUGAUUUUUGGGGGAGGGAGGGAAGCAAGCUCCACUCUCCCAUCCCAAAUCUUUCUGACUUCUAUAAAAUAGGGAGAGCGUCCCAGCGUGGACCGCAUGGUUUAGCUCUGUUCUUUUUACUCCAGGUGACACUGUAAGGCUUGAAACUGUGACUGGCCCCCGUCUGAGCCAAACUCACCCUACGUAUUCCAGCAUCACCCAUCUCCUAGAGCAGGUCAGCCAGCUGGGGGAGGGAGCCGGAGGGACCUCGGCCGUAGGAAAUGAGCAGUGGUCCUAGGUCUGGGCUCCUCUCCUAAUUCAGACAGAGCCCUUCUGGGCUGGAGCCUGGGACAACGGGAGUCACAGUAUCGUAGCCCUAAAGAGGCUGAGCCUCCUGCCCCUCCGGGGCCUUUCCGCGAUGGCCGGAGCAGGGAACUUGCCUGGUAUUGCUACCGCAAAACGGGCUGAGUGACCACAACUGACAGCGCUCCCGCUCAUCUCUGCGGCAUGGGGAUCGCCAAACCGGGGCAGAGCCCGGCUCACCCGCACUCUGCCUGGUGUCGCCCGCUACGGGGACCACCGUGAGAGCCCAGCGGGGGUCAGAGAGACCUGAGAGCAGCUCAUCUGCCCCACUGUAACAAAGGCGUUCCUGACAGACAGCUGUCUAACCUGUUUUUAAAACCCUCCAGUAUUGCCUCCCCCAUAUCACUGAUUCUUACCUUAAUCUUUACCUUCAGAUAGAUUUCUUUUUUCCCCCUCAAUGCCUAUCCCUCACUGCAGUUUAAGCUUGUUACUACACGUCCUGUCCAAGCACAGAGACAGGACACCUUACAUCCUUUCUCCUUGCAGCUGCAGAGGCUUUGCAGGACCAGCCGUAAUUUUAUAACACUUACGUCCCUCAUGUUCCUGCCUCUUUUAACAUAAGAAUAGCAAACUUUUCAGCCUGUUUCCGUAUCAGGGUCUUUCUGUGCUUGUCAUUUUGACCCUGACUGUUUCUGCAGUAUCCCUUUCCCUGGUGGAAUGCCCUGGACUGUGCUUAAUAGAAAGCAUUAAAAUAUUUGCUAUAAUAUUCCUCUUCUAUAUCUCUCUGUUUUGGUUGCUUUAUUUGUUUUAUCUGUGCUGAGCAGCACAGAUCUCCAGUGGAUUUUCCAUGCUCAGGUUUUGUGGCCAUGCUGACUCUUUGAGCAGCUGAAUGCCCACCGAGCUCGUUUGUCCCCUUGCAAAUGUAUUUAUUGCUUUGCAUUUAUCCACACGCAACUUAAUUUACCAUCGUGCCACCUGGUCACCCGUGUUGAGGAGAUCUUGAGAUUUCCUCAAGAUCUCAAGACUCUUCUCUGGUGUGAACCAGUCUAACCAACUUAGUAUCAUCUGCAGUUUCCCAUCCCCACUCCUUACCUUCUUUUUUGGGUGACACCACCACCAGAUGGAGCCUUUUUGCCACGAUGAAAAUGAACGACUAAUUGUCAUUUUCCUUUUCUCUUAAUCAGUCCCGUUAUCGGCAUGUCACUGUCCUUUAGGGUAGUUCUCUGGUUUGGUUGUGUCUCCAGCGGGACUUUUUCAGAGGACCUUGGAAAGAAAACAGUAUAUCAGCUUUUAUUCACUACUUUACUGACACACUCCGAGAACUCUAACAGAUUGGAGAGAACUUUUGCUUGUACAAAAAGCCUUGCUGCUUGUAAUUUAUUCUCAUCUUCCAGAUAAAAUGUUUCACCUUGCAAACCAAAUUCAGCUGUAAGGCCAGCAGACUUUAAAUGAAGAACAUUUUUCAGCUUUAUAGUAGAUGAUUAAGCCUUAGUAAAGUCUGUGAUACCAGAUACCAGGACAGAGAAGGGAACUUUUAAAAUAGGUGCUAUAGCGAAGGAAAGUUUCCAUUUUAUCCGUUUUCUCAGGGGAUUUGCAGGGAGGAUUGUCUCAGGAUAUCAGCAUAUUGUCUCCCUCUGCUCUCACCUCUCCUAGCCUUCCUGACACUGGUGAGCAAGUGGAAAAAAGCUUGAACUGGGACUGUGAAUGGGCAACUGGUCUGUAGUGCUGUGUCCUGUCACUGGAUGGCAACAGCACUGCAGGCACAGCCACCAGGGUGCUGGCUCCGAGGG